GCCCGACGCCGGGGCCACCCCCGGCGUUGGGUUCUGCAGGUACGGAGGCCGUUCGAGUUGAAGGAGCCCGGGUGAAACUUAUUCACUUCAUUGGCGCCGUCUGUGGGACCCGUAAAAAAAAGUCAAGUGGAGUUCCAACUGAAAAAAUUGGAAAACCUCCUUCUUCUCCACCGGCCGCCGCCACCGCCGGCCGCCACCUCCGCCGCCGGCUGCCGGAAAAUGUGCUUCGAUCGGAAAAUCGUUUACAUCAUUGGAAAGAUCUCUUCGAGAUGAAUCUCCCUAUAAAAUUUCAUGCAAAAAUUCCUCCGGGAAGGCCGUCAAUUUUGCGGUCAAAGUUUCCAGAUCUAAUAAAAGUUUGGUCAAAAUCGAGCAUUCAAAUGCAUUUUCCCGACGAUCCGGAAGGGCUAUGGAAAAUCCGAGAGUACCACCGGAAUCCUCUCGACGAGAUGAAUCUCCAGCUACCGAUCUUC